AUGUCUGUAUUUUUCACCUACGCAGCAGCCGUGUUAAAUACGUACCGUAUCAUUGCCAUACGCAUUUUAUUACACCAGAUUCUUGAAAGGUAUUAUUGCCGUCUGACCCGUUCAAUUGCUGUUCCCGAACUUACUAAGGUCUUGACUGAAGUUCCACUUCAAAUUUUAUUGCUGUUAUCUUUACAUAAGAGGUUGUUGGGGAGAUGGGAGAUGGGAGCUGAAAAGUGCAGGAUGCUGUCGGAAACGGUAUAUGGCCGGAGGAUCAUCCAUCAAGAAAACCCUAAAUCUCAUAUUUUUCAAAAGCCCAAGAAGCAAGAACUGCAGCUUCCCCAAUCCACUUCAAAUCCCAUGAUGCAAGCCGUUGCAAACCAACCUGUAUCAGUUGCCAUUGAAGCAAGCGGCAAUGCAUUCCAGUUCUAUUCAGAGGGGGUAUUCACUGGGCCUUGCAGAACAGAGCUGGAUCAUGGGGUGGCGAUUGUUGGGUAUGGAACAACUGUUGAUGGGAUUAAGUACUGGAUUGUGAGGAACUCAUGGGGAGCUGAAUGGGGAGAGCAAGGUUACAUUAGAAUGCAGCGUGACGUCUCAGCCAAAGAGGGACUGUGUGGCAUAGCCAUGGAAGCUUCUUAUCCCAUCAAAAACUCUUCUGAACAAGUUCUAAAGGACGAACUCUAAGAAGUGAGGAUUGAGUG